AUGCUGGAGAGGAGAUCAGACCUCAGCUGGAGGCUGGAGCUCUUGGAUAAAGAUGAGAGACCUGAUACAGGAGUUGAUGUUAGAUUUGAUGGAUCACGUCAGUAUCGGCGCGGGCUCCCCCCCUCCCCCCCCCCCCUGCUCCCUCUCUCUCUCCUGUCCGUGUGUCCCGUAGUCUCCGCUGAGGGCGCCGUCCUCCGCCGCCGUCCCUGGUUCAGGUCGAGCGGUUCCGUCGCCUCACCGUUUAUUAUAAACCGUUCGUCCGUGUUUUAUAUCUCCAUUAAAGCUGUCACCUCAGUCCGCGGCGUGUCCGACAAACAUUACGUGUUCGAUGAAUGUGGAGGAACGAUCAAAACUAAACAGUUAGAACGAUCAGGAAAUAAAAUGAAACGAAGCGAGCGCGAGGAGGAAUAA